UACAACACCGGUAAGUUAGUGAAAGAGGGGGGAAUCAGAGCUCCCCCCACCGCCUGACGCACCUCCUCUCCGGGUCACAUCAUCGUGUCGUSUCCGCCCCGCCGCUCCACCAUCAUCAUCAUUAUCAUCAUCAUCACAGAACCACAAGAAGACGCGAACAGAACCCACACAGGCCACCAUGAAGGACCGCAUCCAGGAACUCAGACACGGGAAGGAGACGACAGAGGACGAGGAUGAAGUCGCUGUGGGGAUGGACAAAGGCUUCAUGGAUGAAUUCUUUGAACAGGUGGAAGAGAUCCGGGGUUUCAUCGAGUCCCUGGCAGAGAAAGUGGAAGAGGUGAAGAGAAAGCACAGCGCCAUCCUCGCCUCGCCUAACCCAGACGAGAAGACUAAAGCAGAGCUCGAGGAUCUAAUGGCAGACAUCAAGAAACUGGCCAACAAAAUACGCUCUAAAUUAAAGAGUGUCCAGCAAACCAUUGAGCAGGAAGAGGUGCAGAACCGGUCAUCAGCUGACCUGAGGAUACGUAAAACACAGCACUCCACRCUCUCCCGCAAGUUUGUGGAGGUGAUGUCAGAAUACAACACCACCCAGUCGGACUACAGAGAGCGCUGCAAAGGACGCAUUCAGAGACAGCUGGAGAUCACCGGCAGAAAUACGACAAACGAGGAGUUGGAGAGCAUGUUGGAGAGCGACAACCCAGCUAUCUUUACCUCGGGGAUCAUCAUGGACAACAUCACCCAGCAGGCCAUGAAUGAGAUCGAGACGCGGCACAACGAGAUUAUCAAGCUGGAGAACAGCAUCAGAGAACUUCACGGCAUGUUCAUGGACAUGGCCAUGCUGGUGGAGAGCCAGGGCGGGUUGGUGAACAACAUUGAGCGGACUGUUCUGAAGGCUCAGGACUACGUGGAGGAAACAAAGGAGCGCCUCCCACAAUGCAGAAAGUUUAAAAAGACCAACAAGCGGAAGUUGCUCCUGAUAGGAGGUUGUGUCUCAGUCUGUGUGGUGGUCUUCAUUAUUUCCCUGGCAGCAGCGCUCAGUUAGGACCCUCACAGUGUCUCACAGGACAGACAGGGACGGUGUGAUGCUUCUAAUUACUGACUGGUCCAGCAAACUCCUCAAAAUGUGUUUUAUCCUUUUUUUAUUAUUGUAGAGAAGUUUAAAAAUAUGGGAGAACCAGGUUGAGCUCUGUGGGUUUAGGAACUUUAGCAGAAUUUAAAGACAUUUACCAAAUAAAACUGUUACAUUUUAUCUGCCACCAGAGGGCGCUAAAACAAAAACUAUUCUAAUAUUUUUGCUGUUUUGUAUUUAAAUAUCAGUUAUAAUAUAAUAAAUCAUGUUUUUGUGUCAUGUAUGAAUACUUCUGAGACAGAGAGCGCUCAGCAUCCAGUAAUGAGAUGAUGAAGCAAAAGAAAGUAAAAUUUUAAACUGUAAAAACACACAGCACAUCUGAGGAUUAACACCUAACAAAUUUAUCCAACGUAUUCCAAAUCAGAUCAUUGUGGAAAAAAUAUACAUGUAGAUAUUAUUGUCAAUGAAAGAACAGGGGAAAAAAAUGUUUCAGCAAAAAAUAAAGUCGCACUAAAAUGCUUCAGUCACCCACAUGUCGAAAAGAACACUUCCAGCAUUGUUGUCUGUUCACGUUUUGUGUGUUUUACAGCUUAGCUACUGAUUAGAUAUUAAAACUUGUUUAACAAAAGUUCUUUGCRUUGCAUUGUUUUGAGCUCUUUCUGCCUCUGUAAGAUAAACGGUUGUUAUUUAUGCCAGCUGUAGUUUUUAUGUGUGAAAUGUACAAAAUGCAGAAGACUUAAAGAUGAGCUUGAACAACUGUGUGUAGUUGUCACUCUCCAAUAGAUUGUUUAAUUUAAAGCGGUAUUUAUGCCAAAUUUCUAAACAAAGACCUUUUAUGAUCUACUAGAAGUCAAAGUWYGUGAUGGGGRAGACUCUCAGCUACCAMCACAUCACAUUUCAGCUCAGUAUGUGUUAAAAUUACUGAGGUAUAGCUGUUUUUGGGUUUGACAAAUUUGAUUAGCUGUGACGGCCAUCUUUAGCCUGGUUUUCUUCAAAAGAGAAUCAGUUUUAGUCGUAYAUCCAAAGAUUAUUUUCUGAGAGUUUCAUUAGAAUCCAUUCAGUAAAUCACGAGUUAUUUUGCUAACAGACAAGAAAACAAUCCCACUCACAUAAUUGCCCAGUUUUCGUGGAGAUAAACAUCCAUCUUUUUGUUUUCUUAACAGCAUUUUGUUCUACUCAAUACAAACAGGUAUAUGUGUCAAAAUUCAAUUCUUUAAUGUGUUUUCUCUCUUUUUCCCUCAUUUGCUGCGUGGAUUUUGUUAUUAUUUUUAUUUCUUCCUGUGUUUUUGUUCACAUUGUGCAGAAGAAGAUUAUAAUCCUAGUAUGCUGCCUGAUUCUGGGAAUUAUCAUCGCUUCUGUAGUCGGAUCAGUUCUAAGUUAAACCUGAACCAUAGCCCUGCAGCUAAACACACACAGUUUGUUUCUCUAUCCUCAUGGGGACUUUCAUUCAUUUUCCAGUCAUCUAAAUGGCCUAACCCUGACCUUAAACCUAAACCAAACUCAAUUCACACCGUAGUCCUAAACCUAACCCCCCAAUGACAUCUGUACCCAUAUGGACUGAACUUUGGUCCCCAUAAGGAGUACUGGGUCACUACAAGGUGGUGUGUGUUUGAAAAGUGGUCCCCACGAGGUAGCAAAAACAGAACCCAGCGCACACACACACACACAUUUUCAGUUUCCUGUUUGAAUAAAUGUAACCUGGACUCAUUUUAGCAGAUUCACACACAUAUUUGCGUGUUUCACUAUCUUUGUGAGGACUUGCAUUGACUUACAUUCAUUUCUACUUUUAAACCCUAAACCUAAGCCCUGGCCCACAAAUAGGGGUCCCUUGUGUGGACCAUGCAAGAUGUCCUCACAAGGGCAAUAAUCCUCUGACGACAUUCGUAACGUCCACACAAAGAUAGCAAGAACACACACACACACACACACUCACAGUGUACAGGGCCAGAGGUGUUCUCGCAUGAGUUGCUACUUUGUAAACGUGUGGUGCUGCAAAUCGUUUCCUCCGAGUGUCGUCAAGACGUUUUACCGGACAGGAAAAGCUCUAAAAUCACGGGACACAUUCCAGCCGGCAGAUAUUACAAGUCCGAAUUGUUCUGUAAUGUCUGUUGUUGUUGUUUGUUGUACAGACGAAGUGACGGGUCGCUCAUCUGCAGUGUUUUAAGAGCCACCGUUAUCUGAUUCUGGUUUGAUCUUUUUGUAGUAUUUUUAUGUCGUUGACCUGACUUCAGAUGCUCUGCAUGUUUUUCUUUCUGUCUGUUUUGAAUUCUGAUGCAAAGAGGGAACAACAACAAAAAGAGCAUGUCUGUACUGAUGAUGUUUUGAUCACUGCCAAACUUCAUUCUCUGUAUGAUUUUUUUAACAGAUGACUAAAGCAGAUGUGCUGUACUUAUUUUUCAUCUGGCCUUACCUGCUAGGCAGCAUUUUGGACUGUAUUUCUAGUGUUGAGUGUGAGUGCAUGCAUGCAUGUUUAUAUGUUCAACUGUAGCUAACUUGCGUGUGAAUGGGGGUCAAUGGGUGAAACAGGAGUUUGUUUUCAGCUGCCUUUUUGUUUUUGUCUUAUUUUAACACUGAUAUGAAGCUCUCUGACACUGCCACUAUGUCCCAGUGAGGCUGGUUCUGGUCUGUGAAUGACAAAUACCCUUAAUUUAUGUCCCGAGCUUUAAACGCUGCGCUUUUCUUCUUUUUGUUUGUUUUGUUCGACUCGAAGAGUCUGUGGCCGUUUAAAGCUCCGAGUGACCCUGUCGGCGUUUGUUGGGACACAUCAGAUGUGCACAAACAUCAACCAUGUUGCCAUGUUGCCUACUCGACUUGUUGCCUUUGUGUUGUAUUGUGACAACAUGGAUUUCUUUGUUUAACUGGAGUUUUGUCUUUUUCAAGUAAAAGUCUAUUUGGGAAACUA